AUAAAGAAAUAAUUUUAGCUGGGUGAUAGCGGCACAGGCCUUUAAUUCCAGGACUAGGGAGGUAGAGGCAGGCAGAUCUCUGAGUCUGAGGUCAGCUUGGUCUACAAAGUGAAUUCUAGGACAGUCAGGGCUAUACAGAAAAACCCUGAGACCUCAUCCCCCACCCCAAACAUAAUAAUUUUAUUCUGGGGCUGGCUAGAGAGAUGGCUCAGCAGGUUGCUCUUUGAGAGGACCCAGGUUCUGUUCCUACCACCUUUCAUGAUGGUUCACAACCAUCUGUAACUCCAGUCCCGAGGGACCAGAUGUCCUCAUCUGACAUCCAUGGCACCAGGCCUGUACGUGGUGCACAUACAUACAUGCCAGCAAACACUCGCCCACAUGUAAUAACCUGGGUCACAUAGGGACACUGCUUAGAAACUGAAAAAGAAGAAGAGUGUAUAAGUCACAAAGUUUAGGUUUUGAAAUAUUUAAUUAAAUGCUAGCAUGAUAUUGAUGAAAAUAUAAUGGAAAAAUCUGUAAGGAACACUGGAGGCUCAAACUAGUGAAACGGGAAGAUGAAAUGGAAAUGCCACUUAAAAGUAAGAACGGAACACCAAGUCACGGGGAGAAACUGUGAAGGGGCAGAGAGCCCAAGACAAGUGGAAGAAAAAAAUGGAAGACGACAUCAAGACUGCCAAGUCUACGUCAUCCCGUCCCAACAGCCCACGACUGACGUCAGCCACUGCCUUUGAGGGAAGGACGUUAGAUCUGAGUGACUUGGCAGCACAGGAAGCCUUUUCGGUCUGACAUGGCAGAAAACCCAAGGGACAUGUCGACACAAAUACCGAGCAACGAAGACACACCCAACGAGAACAUCCGCUGCUUAACCACUCUUAGCCAUUUUGGGUUUGAAUGUCUGCCCACUCAGCUGGUGAACAAAUCCAUCCAGAAAGGAUUCUCUUUCAAUAUUCUCUGCGUGGGAGAAACUGGAAUCGGCAAAUCAACACUGAUCAACACACUGUUCAAUAUUAAUCUGAAGGAGAACAAGGCCUCCCAUUUCUAUUCAAAGGUUGGACUUAAAGUGAAGACGUACGAACUCCAGGAAAGAAACAUUCCCCUAAAGUUGACUGUUGUGAAGACAGUGGGGUACGGCGACCAGAUAAACAAAGAAGCCAGCUACCAGCCAGUAAUUGACUACUUGGAUGCUCAGUUUGAGGCAUAUCUCCAGGAGGAGCUGAAGAUCAAGCGUUCCCUGGUUGACUAUAACGAUUCCCGUAUCCAUGUGUGCCUAUACUUCAUUGCGCCUACAGGACAUUCCCUCAAGUCCCUGGACCUGGUGACGAUGAAGAACAUUGACCGAAGGGUGAACAUCAUACCACUGAUUGCCAAAGCUGACGCGCUUUCCAAAAGCGACCUCCAGAGGUUCAAGAGUAACAUCAUGAGCGAGUUGGACAGCAACGGCAUCCAGAUAUAUCAGUUCCCGGAGGACGACGAAGAUGCUGCUCAAGCAAACACCUCAGUGAAUGGGCUGCUACCUUUUGCUGUGGUAGGAAGUAUGGAGGAGGUGAAAGUUGGAAAAAGAAUGGUCAGAGGUCGUCAAUACCCAUGGGGAGUUUUGCAAGUGGAGAAUGAGAACCACUGCGACUUUGUGAAGCUCCGGGAUCUGCUCCUGUGCACGCACAUGGAAGAUCUGAAGGAUCAAACACACUCCCACCAUUAUGAGUGCUACAGGAGCAGCAGACUACAGCAACUGGGCUUCAGCGACACGGGCCCCGACAGUCAGCCAGUGAGUUUCCAAGAGAUGUAUGAAGCCAAAAGACAAGAGUUCCACGAUCAGUGUCAGAGGGAGGAGGAAGAGCUGAAGCAGACGUUCAUGCAACGGGUCAAGGAGAAGGAACUGACCUUUAAGGAUGCUGAAAAGGAGCUGCAGGACAAAUUUGAACACCUGAAGAGAAUCCAACAAGAGGAGACCCUGAAACUGGAAGAAGAGAGAAGAAAAUUAGAAGAGCAAAUCAUAGAUUUUUAUAAAAUGAAGGCCGCCUCUGAGACGUCGCAGGCGCAGGUGUACACCAAUGUAAAGAAGGACAAAGAUCGCAAGAAAUGAUCUCUUCUUACCAUUCCGGCUGCUUGGGAGUUCACUAUCCUCUCUUCAUGGACCCGUGAACUUGUCUGCAUAGUCCUUAACUUUGACUGGAAGUCUAAUCUUUUCAGCAAUUAUUUAGCAUGUGUGAUUUUGUACUAGAGUGCCAAAUUUUUGGGAGGAAGAUGCCAUGCGUAUCUUGUGAGGUGUUGCAACAUGGACCAGCACUCCAUGGUUGUGUUUAUUAAUCAACAUAGCCAAGAAGUAUCUAGCAUAGUAUAGACAUGUGUGAUCAGACAGAGGACCUAUCUUUGCCACCAAUGUGCCUUCGACUUCAGUAGUGACUUUGACAAUUAGAGUUUUUACUUUGUGUGUGUGUGUUUUGUUGUUUAUUUUUUCAAGACACGUUCUCACUAUGUAGUACUAGCUGUCCUUGCUAGCACUUUGUGUAGAUCAACCUGUCCUUGAACAGCGAUACUCCUGCUUCUGCCUCCCAAGUGCUGGGAUUAUAAGUGUAAACCAGCAUGCCUAGCUCUAUUGAAUUUUUCUUGAGGAUGCAUAGGCAUAUAGUAUUGUUGUAAAAGAUGAUUAUUAGUUAUUCCCUUAUCAAAUUCUAUUGAUGGCUAUUCUUGAUAACUUUAAUUGCAAUGGAGCAUUAUGUUUUGAUUCGAACUUCUAUGCUUUGGUGCCAUACUUGUAGAAGUGAAAAUGAAAGGUUCAAAAUCUAGAUGGCAGCAGACUAUAGUGAUAAUAUUAAUUCCUAAAGAUUUUGGCUGUAUGCUAAAAAAUUAUCACCAUGUACAGUAUGGGAUAUAGUUCUUUGUUCUGUUUUUAAAAAUGUCCUGAUUUUAUAAACUGAGGUGAGGGCUUUUUAAAUUUAAAACAUUUUUAUCAGUUACUUAUUUGAUGUUUUGGUGUGAGCCUAGCCUUUAGUGGCUGAGCCAUCUCUCAAGCCCCAGUUACUUAUUUGAAUGUGGUUGACCUUCCCCAUGCCGACCCAUUCUAUGACAAUGCAGCCUUUGAAGAACUUCGUCUCUGUGUACUUCAGCCACAUUUGGAUCAAUUCUUUCUUAAUAGUCCCAAGCAAAGUAGGGUUCUAAUGAAAUUUUAAUAUUGCAUCCAUUUCAAACGCAGCAUUUAAGGCUAUCACUAUAUACACUCAAAACCCUUUAUAAUUUAUACUUAUAAUAUCUCCGUGAAAAAGUCUUAUGUGAAAAGUGACAAGAAAGAGAAACAAACCCAUAAACAGUUUCAUAUUUAUUGGUAAGUCAUCUUACAAGUGGGGUGAGAAAGACAUAUAAUACAUGGCUAUCAUAGUGCCAACAAUAGAAGGACAAAGAUCCCUCUUCUGAUCAUUUAUAUCAUUUAUGUAUUCAUUCCUAGGCUUAGGACAAUUCUAAAUGCACAGUGAAUACUAUUAGUUAAGUAGAUCCUCCCAGUAGCAGUGUGUUACCUGCAUUAUAUACAUGGAUAGUUUAAUUUAGAUAAUUGACUUUUUUAUUUUUUGAGAAAGGGUUCCUUUGUGUAUCCCUAGCUGUCCUGGAACUCACUCUGUAGGCAAGGCUGGCCUUGAACUCCACCUGCCUCUGCCUCCCGAGUGCUGGGAUUAAAGGCGUGUGCCACCACUGCCCAGCUAGGUAAUUGACUUUCAAACAUAAUAUAGUGUAUCACUGUUUUCAACAUAGCUGCGAGUUAUAUUGCUGAAAUGCUUUUCUAUGGCCAUUCUUUAAUCUUAAUGCACUUUGUAAAAUUGGAACUGACAAUGUUAUACAAUAGAUAACAUCAAUAAA